AUGCAUCUCAUCAAGACCAUCGUGAUGGCCACAGGCCUUGCUGCUCUCGCCUCUGCAGCGCCCGCUACUUCGGAUGCCGCGAUCGCCGGAGCCCUCUGCCCUCAGCUUAAGCAGCGCAACAUCGACUCUAGCCUCAGCGCGGCAGAUGCUAGAGACGCCCUUGUCAAGCGCGCCUGCGCCGGAUUCAACUGGUUCGGUGCUGCCAACGAGGCCGAUGAGGGUCUCACUAAGAGACUCUGCCCCCAGAAGCGUGAUGUUGACGAGCUUGUCAAGCGCGCCUGCGCAGGAUUCAACUGGUUUGGUGCCGCCAACGAAGCCGAUGAAGGUCUCGCAAAGCGAGUCUGCCCUCAGCAUAAGAAGCGUGAAGUUGAAGUUGAGGCCCGCGAUGCCGACGCUCUUGUCAAGCGCGCUUGCGCCGGAUUCAACUGGUUUGGUGCUGCCAACGAGGCCGACGAGGGUCUCGCAAAGAGACUUUGCCCCCAGAAGCGUGAUGUCGACGAGCUUGUCAAGCGAGCUUGCGCCGGGUUCAACUGGUUUGGUGCUGCCAACGAAGCUCAAUAA